CUGUUCUGGAGCAUGCGCAAAGCGUCGAAAGAACCCUGUUUCUGCUGUCACAACGUUGAGGGGUAAACCGACUGCGAGUGGGUUUUUCCGAAGGCAUUUGGAGAAGCAGAGCUCAAGCGUGAUUGGAAUGGCCUCUUGGAGACUGUGUCCCUGCUAGGGAGCCCUGGGUGGGAGCAAAUACCAAACGAAUCUAUCCUGUCUCUAAUGAUGCAGGCAGAGGAUAAGAAGGACAAGAAGAAGAAAGCAAGUUUGAAUUCAAGAGGUGUGACAGAUGAAUACUGUUUGAGAGAACGACCAAAAGAAGAUCCUACAAAGAUGAAGAAUAAGUCCACUUCACAAGUGAGUGGUAAGAAGAGGCCGUGGUCAUGGGAGCAGUACCUGGGGGAGGAGGUCGCUAUUGCUGCGCCCCUACGCCUCUUCACUGAGUACCAGUCGUUCCCCCACGGCAGAAAUGGCUUUAAGGUGGGGAUGCGCCUGGAGGGCAUUGACCCGCUGCACCCCUCCAUGUUUUGCGUGCUGUCCGUGGCCGAGGUGAUUGGUUAUCGGUUACGCCUGCACAUAGAUGGGUACUCAGAGUGCUAUGACUUCUGGGUAAAUGCAGAUUCUCCUGACAUCAGACCGGCUGGUUGGUGUGAGGAAACUGAUCACAAACUCCAUCCCCCUAAAGGUUAUAAAGCGAAUGAGUUUAACUGGGAGAAGUACCUAGAGGCCUGCAAUGCUCAGGCUGCACCAAAGAAUCUGUUCAAAGCCCCAAACAGUACCUCGACCAACUCGAAAUUUCAAGUCGGCAUGAAGUUGGAGGCGGUGGACAGGAAGAAUCCGUGUCUGGUGUGCGUGGCAACAGUGGCCGACGUCGCCGACAAUCGAUUUCUGGUUCACUUCGACAACUGGGAUGACACAUACGACUAUUGGUGUGAUGCCAGCAGCCCCUAUAUUCACCCAGUGGGAUGGUGUCAGGACCAUGGACGCCCUCUCACAGCACCUCAGGGACACCCCAAUCCAGAGCAUUUCCUUUGGGAGGAGUACUUAGAAGACAAUGGUGCCUCUGCUGUUCAAAGCCAGGCCUUUUGUAUGAGUCCUCCUCACAACUUUCAGGUGAACAUGAAACUUGAGGCGGUGGACAGGAGGAACGCCAUGCUGAUCCGAGUGGCCACCAUCGUCGACACGGAGGACUAUCGGGUCAAGAUCCACUUCGAUGGCUGGCAUGAGAAGUUUGAUUUCUGGGUGGACUCCGACCUGCCCGACCUUCAUCCUGUCGGAUGGUGCGCCCGCACAGGUCACCCUCUGGAGUCCCCCCUGACACACAUAGGACUUUCUGACCUCAAGAGCUCCGUCACCCAGGGAGUGUGUCCCACGCCAGGAUGCCGUGGUGUGGGCCACAUCAAAGGCGCAAAAUACACAGGACACCACAGUGCCUUCGGCUGUCCCUACUCCGACAUCAACGUGAAAAAGGAGGUGGUGCUGCCCGACCGGCUGGGUGGUGAGAAGCAGAUCACCUUCGUCCCGGUGCACUUCGUGCAGAAGACCAAGCGGCUGUUCCCCGAGGAGGAGGACGACGGCAAGGAAGAGGAUGAAGGUCACAUGGAAACCAGAGCCAUGCUGUCAGGUUAUGAGGGGGCCAGUCGUCUGAGGGGCCGCUACUCGUCCAGCCCCCGCUCGGCCGCCCAGGCUCUGGUGAAGAGCGAGCAGAGAGACGACUCUUCGGCUCAGGGACACAAGCUGCUCUCACCCCUGGGCAAGAGAGGCCGGGUACCCAGCAGGCUUGCCCAGUCCACCAAAUAUCUGAGAAUCAAGGAGGAGGAGGAGGAGGUCGAGCUGAACAGCAUGAUCACAGGGGAGCGUAAUGUGGACAGUCUUCAGCAGGCCCUCCACCAGUCGGUCUUCCUGUCUGCAAUGUCGGCGCACCCCAGCAGGGACCUGCCGCUGUGCUGGGAGCAGCACUGUAAGCUACUGCCCGGGGUUGCAGGUGUGCAAGCCAGCCGCGUCGCCCACUGGACCGUAGACGAGGUUGCUGACUUCAUCCACUCUCUACCAGGCUGUGUCGAACAGGCCAAGCAGUUCAGAGAAGAGCAAAUCGAUGGCAAAGCCUUCCUGCUCCUGACCCAGCGGGACAUCGUGAAGAUCAUGAGCGUGAAGCUGGGCCCGGCCCUCAAGAUCUACAACUCCAUCCUCAUGUUCAAGCACGCCGAGGACGACCAGUCCACCAGCAGCGACGCUAACAACACAUGAGCUCUCCCCAAGGGACAGAAAACAAUACAAAACAAAACCACCCCCUGCAAACAAACAAACAAACAAACAAACCCUAGCUAGUUUGGUUACCAGCCCCUCCUUCCUUCUGUGGAAACACACAUAGAUCGACUGUAUCUUUGAUCAACUUCAUUCCGAGACCCCCUCAAACCUUGGUGUGUACAGGUACUAUAUACCUUAAGUCAUUAAGGCCUUUGCCAUGUGGGGCUCUGUCCUGAACACCAUUCUCUACUUGUAGGUCCCAGUGUUUCUUCUCCUCUUUAUUAUUAUUCUUUUUUUUUUUUGGACUUAAUUUCCAAAAUCUGCCUUUUUGAAACGUCCAAACAGACUGUAAGGUGCACAGGUCAAUCCACUCACCUGCACUCGGCACACUGUUUUCUACAUCCUUUUUACACUGAUCCUGACCCAUGUCGUGUGUACUCGUAUUAUAACUCAGAGGUUCGGACAUGUGACAAUCAAGCAUACACACUCUCAGUACAGACAAUACUAUGCUAUAGCAAUCGGCUGGGUGCUCUUCUUGUGGGGGGAGGGCAAAAAAGGUGCUAUUUCUACUCAAAACCGAAGCAGUCUAACACAUAAACACACAAGCGGCAGGACUUAAAGCAAAUGGUACAUAUUUUGAUCUUGUCUACUGACUUAAAAUCUAGGAGGUGCUCGCUAUGUUGUCUACUCUUAUUUGACUCUAUUCUAUUUUGUAUAAAUGUUGUAUAAUUUCACUGUACCUACUGAUUCACCUUUAUUUAUUGUGCAGGCCCAAGGGUGUUUUGCACAGUUGAAGGAAAAUAAUAAUAUAUGUCUAUGAAUUUUGAAAUGCCAAAAUUUGUUUUAAAAUUGAAAGAAUUUAUUUUAUAAUAUAUUGCACAUUAGAGAAAUCUAGAAACGCGCUAGAAACAACAAAAGGAAAAAAGCAUUCAGUUGUUGUCCAAAUAAAUCCCAGGUUUUGUUUUGACAUGUCAUUGGUAAUUUGACGUAGCUUCAAGACUCUGCAGUCUUAUAGUUCGUGGUGACAUUAGCAUCUCCAACUGUACAUGGUAUUCUCUAUUUAGCCUUUGUUUCUGUUGUUGUAUAUCUGGACCAACCUUCAACAAUUCAACAAGGUGAACUGCAAGUUCCGCGCUCAUUCUAGCCUCCAUUACAAUAGGCGAGGUUCCCCCGCUCAAAAUAUUUGUUCUGUUUCAGAGCAACUUUCGUAAUGAUUUAUUUAAUAAACUUGUUAUAAUGCACAGUUAAUAAUACGUAUAAAAUUAUAUAGGUAUAUAUUUGCUAUAAAUCUUGACUUAGUGUAACUACAAUAUAAGAAGAUUAUUUUGUUUGCUUAAGCUUUUCUUGUAAAUGUGGUCAAAGAAAGACAGCCAAGCACCAAUGAAAUGAUCAGGAAUGUGAAACAGAAACUGUCUUUUAUUUUUGUUUUGAGUUUUUGUUUUCCUUCUUUAUUGUGCUUACCUUCCUGGGGCCAUCUUUAUCCCAAAAUGAAGAGCAUCUGAAAGUGUUGGCUUCUGAUGCGUAUAUUUUCCACUGCUGUGCUGUGCUGUGCAAGACUGCUGGUUAGUGCAUGGAGAAACCUACAGGAACAACUCAAUGCAACCUCUCAGCUCUGUUAAACAUAACAGCGACAACUUGAGUCCAACAAAACUGUUCUGUACAUAUUUGUAAACCCUGUUUCUUACACUGAUUUUACACUUUGUAAAACCAAAAGCAUUCAGAUCACAACUUCACAACCCAAAUAAACCGUAGAAACUCU